UGAGAUGCUCUCAAGUGCCAGGGGGUGCCGAGCCAGGGGCGGGCAGCCGGGCGGCAGGCACGAUGCCCUCGCCUAGCGACUCCAGCCGCUCUCUGACCAGCCGGCCCAGCACCCGGGGCCUUACCCACCUCCGCCUCCACCGACCCUGGCUGCAGGCCCUGCUCACGCUGGGGUUGGCGCAGGUGCUCCUGGGCAUCCUGGUGGUCACCUUCAGCAUGGUGGCCUCUUCCGUCACCAGCACUGAGAGCAUCAAGAGGUCUUGCCCGUCUUGGGCUGGGUUUUCGCUGGCGUUCUCCGGGGUAGUUGGCAUUGUGUCCUGGAAGCGGCCAUUUACUCUAGUGAUCUCCUUCUUCUCCUUGCUUUCGGUGCUCUGUGUCAUGCUUAGCAUGGCUGGCUCUGUUCUCUCCUGUAAGAAUGCUCAGUUGGCCCAAGACUUUCAAGAAUGCUCCAUGGAUGGGAAGGUCUGUGUGUGCUGUCCCUCUGUUCCUCUACUCCGGCCCUGUCCAGACUCAGGGCAGGAACUGAAAGUUACCCCUAACGCCACCUGUGAUGAAGCCCGAGGGGCCCUCAAGAACCUGCUCUUCAGCGUCUGUGGACUCACCAUCUGUGCUGCCAUAAUCUGUACCCUCUCUGCUAUUGUCUGCUGCAUCCAAAUCUUCUCUCUGGACCUCAUGCAUACACUGGCUCCUGAGCGCUCAGUCUCGGGCCCUCUGGGGCCUCUGGGCUGUGCGUCCUCGCCCCCAGCCCCUCUCCUGCACGCCAUGCUGGAUCUGGAGGAAUUUGUACCACCUGUGCCACCACCACCCUACUAUCCCCCAGAGUACACCUGCAGCUCAGAAACAGAUGCACAGAGCAUCACAUACAAUGGCUCCAUGGACAGCCCAGUGCCCUUGUACCCUGCUGAUCGCCCCCCUUCUUAUGAGGCCGUCAUGGGGCUACGAGGAGACAGCCAGGCCACCCUCUUUGACCCUCAGCUUCAUGAUGGCUCUUGCAUCUGUGAACGAGUGGCCUCCAUUGUAGAUGUGUCCAUGGACAGUGGGUCUCUGGUGCUGUCGGCCAUCGGCGACCUUCCUGGGGGCUCCAGCCCGUCAGAGGACUCUUGCCUGCUGGAGCUGCAGGGUUCAGUGCGCUCUGUUGACUACGUGCUCUUCCGCUCCAUCCAGCGUAGCCGAGCAGGCUACUGCCUCAGCCUGGACUGUGGCCUGCGGGGCCCCUUUGAGGACAGCCCCCUGCCACGGCGGCCCCCACGGGCUGCCCGCUCCUAUUCCUGUUCUGCCCCAGAGGCCCCACCCUCACUGGGUGUCCCUACUGCUGCCCGCAGCUGCCACCGGCUAGAGGGCUGGCCACCCUGGGUAGGACCCUGCUUCCCUGAGCUGAGGCGGCGGGUUCCCCGGGGAGGCAGCCGCCCACCUGGGGCCCCUCCCACCCGAGCCCCCACUCGCCGCUUCAGCGACAGCUCAGGUUCCCUCACUCCCCCGGGGCACCGGCCUCCUCAUCCGGCUUCCCCACCACUGCUGCUGCUGCCACGGUCCCACAGCGACCCAGGCAUCACCACCGCCAGCGAUACGGCUGACUUCAGGGACACUUAUACCAAAGUGCUUGAGGAAGAAGCUGCUUCUGUUUCCUCUGCAGAUACAGGGCUCUGCUCUGAAGCCUGCCUCUUCCGCCUAGCCCGCUGCCCUUCCCCCAAGUUACUCCGUGCCCAUUCAGCUGAGAAACGGCGUCCUGUAGCCACCUUCCAGAAAGUUCCUCUGCCCUCAGGCCCUGCCCCUGCCCACUCCCUGGGGGACCUAAAAGGCAGCUGGCCAGGCCGGGGCCUGGUCACUCGUUUUCUCCAGAUGUCCAGGAAGGCCCCAGACCCCAGUGGGUCUAGAACUCAUGGACAUAAGCAGGUGCCCCGGAGUCCGUGGGGCCGACCAGGCCGAGAGAGCCUCCACCUUCGCAGCUGUGGGGACCUGAGCUCCAGCUCUUCCUUGCGGCGUCUCCUGUCUAGCCGCCGGCUGGUGCGUGGUACCCGCCCUCACAGCCUCAGCCUCAAUGGGGGCAGCAGGGAGACUGGGCUGUGACCUGGGCUGCUUGUCAAUGCUGGGGCACCAGAUACCAGCUGGUUGAGAUUAGCACCUUCCAGUACCCCUUGCACUGGCUGGCACAAAAAGAAACCUGCUGCAUACCCCAAAGUGUCCCUUUCCUUCUUACCUCUGGGGGCUCCUGAUGCUUACCUCUGCCCCUCUGGACUAGGAGAGCUUUUGUCCUGUGCUGCAUGAGUAUUCAGGCUGUGGGAGGAGAUACCCCUGCUUAUAGCAUUGGAGGAGGAAAAUGAUUAAACUCCUGCCCCCACUCCCACCCCCCACGGCAUGAGAGUGGCCUUUUCUGAUAUGCAGGGGCACUAUGGUCAGGAGAAAGGUAUGGUCCCAGGUUGAAUAAGUCCAAGGAAUGUGUGCCUGAGUGGGGUGGCAAGGCAGGCAUGAAGAGUCAGAAAACUCUGGGUAGCUCUUCGCUUUGGGUGGUCACCUCUAGCUGCAUGACCUUGGGCAAGUUAUUUAACCCCAACUGCCUGAUUGAUAAAACAUUGUGAAAGUGAAUGUUUAUAAACCUCUUAAACUAUGUAAGCCUUCAAUAAAUUUCAGUUUUCCCCUUCUAUCUUGGAUCA